AUGGGCGCGGAAGAGACAGGCGACUCAAGAUUUCAAACAGAUAAUUCCGUAUCGAGGAAACAACAACCUAGACAGCAAUUGUCAAAAGCCAUGGAACACAUGCGCUUCGCAGUCACAGUUGACCCUAUCCCACAUACCUCAACACCCAACACAUCAGAAUCAGCCCCUGAGACCUCCUCUCAAAACCCCACACAAACCUCACCACCACAACCAACAGCAGAACCAACGGAAAACGACGCCUACGGCGUCCCCGCCUCACUCCAACCCAACCGCCUCCCCCCUUCCCGCUCCCACGACCCAACCAACAACCAAAAACGCAGCGACCCCUUUACCUUUGGUUCGCGCUACCUAGAAGAAGGCGACAACAUCUUCGACUUCAACGCCUGGGACCACGUAACCGUCGACGACUCCUACCUCGCCUUCUCCGAAUCUCAAUACAGCGCACAGCGCGCCUCACCUGUCAACGACUUCGACCGCCAACGCUACAACGCGCAGCCGGAAAAAUGGUGGAACCAAUUCUACAAGAACAAUAAAACCAAUUUCUUCAAGAACAGGAAGUGGCUAGCGCAGGAAUUUCCGAUUCUGGAGGAAUUGGGGCGGGAGGACGGACCGGCGGCUACGCUCUUGGAGGUGGGUGCUGGCGCGGGGAAUAGCGCGUUUCCCAUCCUUGAGAGGAGUCGGAACCCACGGUUGAAGAUCCAUGCUUGUGAUUUUUCGAAAAAGGCUGUCGAGUUGAUACGCAGUCAUGAGCUUUACGAUGACGGGAAAAGGAUUCAAGCAGAUGUGUGGGAUGUAGCUUCCCCGCCUACAUCUGACAACGCCGGUUUACCAUCCGGUCUCACGGAAAACAGCGUAGAUGUCGUUCUCAUGAUAUUCAUCUUCUCGGCACUUGCGCCCGAGCAGUGGGACCAAGCCGUCCGCAAUAUCUGGCGCGUGCUUAAACCCGGUGGUCAAGUGCUAUUUCGUGACUACGGGCGCGGCGAUUUAGCACAGGUCAGGUUUAAAAAGGGGAGGUAUAUGGAGGAGAACUUCUACGUUAGGGGCGAUGGCACGAGGGUUUAUUUCUUCGAGCAGAGUGAAUUAGAGGAUAUUUGGGCGGGCGGCGCGGCUGCGAAGAAGAGGAUGGAGAGCGUACAGGUGGGGAAUGUGGCGGAUACAAAGGUUGUAGGGGAGGAGGUCAAGGAGGAAAUUGAGCAGAAGAUGGAGGGGCUGGGACUGAGGGAUCCAGAUGUUGUGGGUGAGGAGAAGGAGGGGGGCAUGGUGUUGGAUGCAGGCGGUGUUCCGAAAGGCGGGGCAAGAGAGUGA